CUUCCGUCCCACCACAAUGUCUGAACGCCCGCCACCAGGCAAAUGUUACCCACUGUCGCUGGGAAACCGAGGUUAAAGUGGCGCCGAAAACUCCAGUCAUGGAGCAGCUUCUCGACCGUAGUUACUUUUUAGAACACUGCUGACUUGAAGCGAAGGGACCUGACGGCGUCAUCGAUGGCUUCCCGUGGCUAUGCGCAAGCAGCCGUGGUUCUCCUGGCGGUGCAGCUCGUUUGCCUCGGUACCGCUGAUGCGGAUCAGGAGACGGGGACCGUGAUUCCAGCCGAAAGUCGCCCGUGUGUGGACUGUCAUGCCUUUGAGUUCAUGCAGAGAGCGCUUCAGGAUCUAAAGAAGACAGCUUUCAACCUGGAUGCCAGGACAGAGACGUUGGUGCUGCGGGCCGAGAGGCGGGCCCUGUGCGACUGCAUGCCCGUCAGCUCUCUGCGCUGAGCUGCGCCCGCUCCGACCGCCCCUCCACCAAAAUCCAAACCUCUACUCAUGUACAGCAGCUCUCACACCAACCCGUCCACACAAGAGGCACUUUAUUUCUAUCAGUCUCACCUGAGUCCAUCUGUAAUUCACGUAUUUAUUCUUUUUUUUUGGGCCUUACGUAGGAGAAUGUUUGUGACUCGGUGGAAAUGUUUUCGUUCUGGUGCUUUGACUGUAGAUACAGUAGGACGUGUGGAACGUGUUGUAUAGGAUUAUAUUUUACAAAAAUUGAAUUGUAGCAUCACUAGAAGAAAAAGGGCGUUUAAGUUGUUGUUGCUGUAGUUGUGCCGAUGCAGACGAGCUGAACUGCAGGAGCAGAUGAUGGAGUUACUGUCUUAGUUAUGGACGUGAAGAUGGUUUUUCUUUGUUUUAGGCAGAGUGAGGAUCACCUCUGGAAUUAUUAAGCACUGUAGCAUGAAUUUAUAGCACUUUGAGUUCACUUGUUUCUAUAGAUUGUAUGUAAAGAUUCUCUAUGUAUUGUGGUACAAACCCCAGGGCAAAGUGUGCAGACUUUCUGCUCGUCAGACGCGUUUGUGUGUGAAAACCUGGACAGAUAAUUCUUGUCUAAUUGUUGCCUGUUCAUGAAAUAACGUCACUAAAUCCCCCUGUACAGUCUUCAUCUCGCACCUAUGAAUAAAAACACUCAAUGAUGGUU